GUUCAGGGGUGGUGGUGCUGCAAAAGCAGACUCAAGUCACCACAGAAACUUUUUCUAAACUAAAUAAAUCACUUCCUGUGUCCCAUCUCUUCACCAAGAUGAAUUUAAAGAUCAUGUUAACAGAUCCAAAAAUAUAUAACUAUGUAAAAAAAAGAAGAUGCGACACCAGUGCACACAAUGCAACCGACCCCGAUGCCAGUACCUGCAGGUGGUGGCCCACAGUGUGGCAGCUCCAUGUUGUUCAUUCAGGCCGAGCUCGAACGGGCCCCAUGGCCUGAGGCCCCGCCACCAGAUGCAGGCGACGUACUCUUUUCCUGGAUGUGUUGUUUCUUCGAGGUCUUCCUGAAUUCCUCUUAGGAAGCAUUCACACUGGUGCUAUUUGGUCCACUUUCACAGAUAGUUUGGUUCGUUUGGAGUGGUGUAAACGCUCAUUCGAACUCUGAUGCCGACCAAACGAGCGAACCCUGGUCUGCUUGAAAACUGGGUGUCUCGGUUCACUUGCAAGUGAACCCUGGUGCUGUUCACUUACAGUGGGAAAUGCAAACGGACUAUCCAGCGAGCCAAAGAGGGUUUUCUUCUUCCUCAUGCUUUUUUUCUUCCUGGUCAGUGGUCAUUUCUGGCAGUACCGCCUCCAAACGAGCAGCUGUUGUAACUGCGUGACGUUGUCCUGGUGGUUUGGUCCAGGGUGAAAGUGAACGGAACCAAAUGAAGGUGUGACAUUUUUUGGCCCCGCCCAAUCGAACUCAGUCACCCGGUCUAUUCUGGUGUGAAUCCCUCUCAGUCUGACCCCUCCCCUGGGACCACUUUGCCUUGGGAACCCCUACCACGGCGUAUUAGUCCUGGACAACACAGCUUCCAGGAUUAUGGGGACACGCAAACCCCUCCACCAAGUUAAGGUGGCGAUUCUUGGAGGUGUUCUGAGGUGUUGCCCCGGGGCAGACCCAGAACCCGCUGGAGGGAUUACAUAUCUCAUCUGGCCUGGGAGGCCUCCUGGGAGGAGCUGGAAGCGUUGCUGGAGAGAGAAAUACUUUGCUCAACCUGCUGCCCCAGCAACCCAGCUUCUGAUAAGCGGUUGAAAAUGGAUGGAUAGAUGAAAGAAGUUGCACCGUGAACACUAUAUUAGCGGAGUAUCCAGGAAGUCAGACGGCUGGGUGGGACUGGGCUGCUGUGAGCUGGCCAUCUCAGCUGAGUGUCGCAGGGAAUGCAGACAGGCAUCGUCUAAAAAUGACAUAACAAAAGUAUGCAAAAAAGUCACAGAGAACUCCCUCUACAGCUGCAUCACCAAAAAUGAAAUGGGCUCCACAUGCUGCAGCUAUGCAGGGCGUCACACCACCUGCAGGGAGUACUGCCAGGCCAUCUUCAGGACUGACUCGACCCCCACCGUGUCCCAGAUCAACGCCGUCAAAGAAUACUGUCAGAGUCACAGCGCCCAGCUGCUCAGCUGUGUCAGCAACUUCACCAAGUCUUACCCCAUACGCAGCCCGAUAGACAGUCUGUACUGCUGUGACCGGGCGGAGGCUCCACACUGCCAGGAGGCUUGCCGGCGAAUCCUUCGCACCAUGAGCACAGAGCAUGAGAUCAUGGAGGGUUUGAUCGAGGAGUGUGGCUCCCAGCCUCUCCCUCAGGAGCCCAUGUGGCAGUGCUUUCUGGGCAGUGCCCACCCUCCCUCCCCACCUGAAGAGGAGACCCCCCAUCCUGCCAAGAUGGACUGUGCCAAGCUGCACUGCUGCUCCAAGGCUAACACGUCCCUCUGCAGGGACAUGUGUCAGGAGAUCAGCACUAACUGGGGCAGCCAGACGUGGCAGGACUUCGACCAGCUCUGUGAGUACAACCCAGUGGAGACGGAGCUCAUCAACUGCCUGGCUGAUGUCAGAGAGCCCUGUCAGCUGGGCUGCAAGGACCUCGCCUACUGCACCAACUUCAACAACAGGCCGACAGAGCUGUUCCGCAGCUGUAACGUCCAGUCAGACCAGGGUGCCAUGAACGACAUCAAGCUGUGGUCCAACGGUACGAUCAAGAUGCCAUUCAUGAACAUCCCCGUGCUGGACAUCAGGAAGUGUCUGCCGGACAUGUGGAAGGCGGUGGCCUGUUCGCUGCAGAUCAAACCAUGCCACAGCAAGUCCAGAGGAAGCGUCAUAUGCAAAUCAGACUGUGUGGACAUCCUGACCCAGUGUGGCGACAGGAAACGUUUCCAUGAAGGUCAAACUCCAGAGAGGAUCUGUGAGCUGCUGUCGCCCAUUGAUGACCCUGAACGCUGCAUCCCCCUCCACAGAUACCUCACCCCCAGUUCCCUAGGCAACAACAUCGUGGAGGAGGUCGUCCAUCCAUGCAACCCCAACCCCUGCCCUAACAACCACCUAUGUCAGGUCAACAGGAAGGGCUGCCUUGAUGAUCUCAACUGUCAGCCAUACCUCUGUGUGCCAGGCUGUAAACUGGGCGAGGCCUCAGAGUUCCUGGUGCAGCAGGACGCUCGUAUCCAGGUGCCAACUCGUGCUGGCCCUGCCGGGUGCUACGAGGUGUGCAGCUGUGGUCCCAGUGGGCGCCUGGAGAACUGUGUGGAGAUGCCCUGUGUGGACACCAACAAGCCGUGCGUCGUAGGAGGACAGAGGAGGAGCCACGGGACGACUUUCAGGAUGGACUGCCACACCUGCUCCUGCUUCGCUGGUGACGCCAUCUGCUCUACGAGAGAAUGUCUCAGCUUCGACAGCUUCAACGAGGACCACAAACACUUCACCGGCCUUCCCUGUAGUUGUCCAGACCGCUUCGUCCCAGUGUGUGCCUCUAAUGGACGGACCUAUCCCAGCGCCUGCGUGGCCCGCUGUAUGGGUUUCAAGGACUAUCAGUUUGUCUUUGGCCUGUGCCGCCUCAGUAACCCCUGCGCCAGCAAACCCUGCCAGAGAAACCAGAGGUGCAUCCCAAAGUAUCGCGUGUGUCUGAGUGACUCGUCAGACUGCCUGCAGUACGAGUGUGUUGGCCGGCCGGCAGCCUGCGAUAAGAACAGCGUGGAGCCGGUGUGUGAUACCGACGGCCUCGUCCACCCCAGUCUGUGCCAGCUGCAGCAGGCUGGGAAAACCAUGGCGUACAUGGGCCACUGCCAGGACGCCUGUAGGAAGCCUCAGCAAGUGUGUGGCCAUAACGGUGAGACAUACAACACAGUGUGUGACGCCUUCUCCGACCGCGUGGCUGUGGACUACGAGGGCCCCUGCCACGCUGUAGGGGCCGUAUCUGAUGUGGCCCCCGAGUCUGCGUGCAGUGUGAUUCCCUGUCCACCUCUGUCCGCUCCAGGCUGCCAGCCUGUCAUUCCACCUGGAGCCUGUUGUCCGAUCUGUGCCAGCAUGCUGCAGAUCCUCUGGAACAAAGAGCAGAUGAACACUUUCUCCAAGCUGAAUAAGAACCAGCCCGUGACGGUCCACGACGUCCUGCAGAUCCUGCGGCUUCACGUCUCGGUGCCACAGUGCGACGUCUUCGGCUACCUGAGCAUCGAUCACGAGCUGGUGGUCCUCAUCGCUCCGGUGGACCAGCAGCCGACCCCACUGCAGAUCGAAGCCUGCAGUAAGGAGGCUGAGAAGAUUGAUUCCCUCAUCAACUACGCCAGCCCCACGCUGGUCUCCCACGUCCCCCUCUCCGCAUUCCUCGUGUCCGAGAUCAAGACCUCCUCCAUCCGCUCGUCCGGGGGCACUCCGCCUUCACCUCUGCCCCCGGGCCUGUGCUUCCUCCUGGGCCUCGUCAUCGCUGCAGCCCCUGUCCUCCACCAGGUCUAAGUACUUAUAACCCCCUCCAGCAUCUCUCUCACUAACUCUUGAGUGUUCCAAAGUACCCGCGCCUCUCUUCCUGGGAUGUUGGGGAUGUCAUGAGGUGAGUGUGUCCAGUGGUCACGGAGCAGGAAGAAGCAGCGGCGACGCCUUUUUUCGACAAUCAUUCCUAUUGACUCACCUGCGUGCCAAACAAUCAAGGCGGUGGAAAAGCUAUUAUUCUGGAAAGCUUUUGUAUGAACAGUGUUAUUAAGUGAAAGAGUUACUCACUGGGUUUCCCUCCAGUGAAGUGUGCUUAAGUGUGUGAGUGUGUGUGUGUGUGUAUGUAUGUGUGUAUGUGUGUGUGAGACCUUUAAGAAGCAUUUGACUUCAUACCAGCAGUGUUUAUCCAUUAGCCCUAGCAGCGAGCUCUCCUCUCAAAGCUGUUGAGUGGGAAUGUAAAUUUCAUGACUCACUCUGUCUUGCGCCGAGGCUUUAUGUGUGGGUUUAUAUGUGUGUGUGUGUGUGUGUGUGUGUGUGUGUGUGUGUUUGUGCAUGUGUGUGUGUCCGAUUGGAUUUCAACAGACGAGGACAAAACAUCCCUGUCUGGCAGCACAUCUGUCUGACAAAUUACCCAAAAUUCCCUCAGCCACACACACUUUCACACCCACUCACACACACAGAUUGGUGUCACUCAAUCCAGACUUCAGUGUGUAUCAGAUGGAGUCUGGUCAGUGUUCAUGUGACACUUUUAAAGCCUCCGCUAAAUGAGAAUGCACAGUCUGUAUCGCAGUGCAUGUUGUACUGUAUAUACAUGUGAGGUGUAUAUGGACCUCGUGUUUGAACCUCUAACCUCAGCAGUAUUAGUGCCAUGCUCAUGGACUGAGCCAGCUCAGAUGAAACUAAUCCAGCCUCCAAAGUCGGUUCUAACUACUGACCAAACAAAGUUACGGAGUCAAUCAAAAAGUGGAAAUAUUAAGGGAGCCCACAUUCUGACGUGGUGGUCGGGGUUAGAUGUCAGUCUUACCUGAUGACACCAAGCUUUCCUUCCAAAACAGUCCUGGUAACACUUUAAAGUAGCGUUCAUAUAUUAUAAGUUAGUAUUAUCAAUGCAUGAAUGCAGAAAGUAUAAAGGGAAAAAUGCUUAAUGGAGCAACUGUGUCAUUAAUUCUAUGACAAUAUACCAAUGUUGUUCUGCUCCGUAGCCCGAUAACUCAAGUCGUGUAUUUCUGCUGAGCAUUUUUCAAAGUAUAACAUCAUGGAUUUCCUCAUUUUCAGCUUAUUUCGCAACCAUGUGAGCAAAGGCGUAACUUUGGUGUGAGAAGGAACACGUAAAGACUUUGGUGACCAAAGUAUAAUCAGGGAUAUAAUUAAGUUUGUUAAAUUUAAAGCUAAAUUCUACAAGGAUAAUACUAAAUAUGCUACUCUGUGGCACUUUCGAAGUAUAUGAGAGUAGUAGUUGCAAGUAGUUUUAAGUGAUCAGAUCACAAAAUAUCUUGGUGGUCGUUAACACUUGUAUUUAGCACUGCCCACUUGUGAUCAGUAGUAAUGGCCAAAUGAAGCUUCAUGAAGCAUUUUCUUUAUUUUCCGAGCCCACUAGAUGGCACUCUUUGUUCAACAAAAGGUUGAAAGCACACUGAAUUGAGGCUUCAUUUGGCCAUCACUAGUGAUCGGGUCACACAAGACACGUGUUAAUACCAGGCUGAUAAUGCCACAAGCCACAACAAAACGACCGUCCUAACACACGAUAAGGCCUUCACGUGUUACAUUUUGUCCAACUUACUGUCCAAAAACCAAAGGCAAAUCCUCACAUUUGAGAAGCAGGAACCACAGGACCAAUAAAUGAUCAGUAAAUGAGUCAAAUUAAUUUUUAAAAUAUAUAAUAACAAUAA